AUGGACACUCAGGUGAAAUGGCUUAGGGCGCUCCGUCACACACAGGAGGAGAGGUUUCUUGCAAGCCUGCCAGUCCCGGAGGUUGCGCUCUUGCGAGCAGAUGCUGCAUCUUACAGUCUCAAGAUAUACCUCGGCCCCCACAACCAACAUAUCACCGUGGCAGGAUAUACCUCAGCCCCCACAACCAACAUAUCAUCGUGGCAGGAUAUACCUCAGCCCCCACAACCAACAUAUCAUCGUGGCAGGAUAUACCUCGGCCCCCACAACCAACAUAUCAUCGUGGCAGGAUAUACCUCAGCCCCACAACCAACAUAUCAUCGUGGCAGGAUAUACCUCAACCCCACAACCAACAUAUCAUCGUGGCAGGAUAUACCUCAACCCCACAACCAACAUAUCAUCGUGGCAGGAUAUACCUCAGCCCCACAACCAACAUAUCAUCGUGGCAGGAUAUACCUCAGCCCCCACAACCAACAUAUCAUCGUGGCAGGAUAUACCUCAACCCCCACAACCAACAUAUCAUCGUGGCAGGAUAUACCUCAGCCCCCACAACCAACAUAUCAUCGUGGCAGGAUAUACCUCAGCCCCCACAACCAACAUAUCACCGUGGCAGGAUAUACCUCAGCCCCCACAACCAACAUAUCAUCGUGGCAGGAUAUACCUCAGCCCCCACAACCAACAUAUCACCGUGGCAGGAUAUACCUCAGGCCCCACAACCAACAUAUCACCGUGGCAGGAUAUACCUCAGCCCCCACAACCAACAUAUCAUCGUGGCAGGAUAUACCUCAGGCCCCACAACCAACAUAUCAUCGUGGCAGGAUAUACCUCAGGCCCCACAACCAACAUAUCACCGUGGCAGGAUAUACCUCAGCCCCCACAACCAACAUAUCAUCGUGGCAGGAUAUACCUCAGCCCCCACAACCAACAUAUCACCGUGGCAGGAUAUACCUCAGCCCCCACAACCAACAUAUCAUCGUGGCAGGAUAUACCUCAGCCCCCACAACCAACAUAUCAUCGUGGCAGGAUAUACCUCAGCCCCCACAACCAACAUAUCACCGUGGCAGGAUAUACCUCAGCCCCCACAACCAACAUAUCAUCGUGGCAGGAUAUACCUCAGCCCCCACAACCAACAUAUCAUCGUGGCAGGAUAUACCUCAGCCCCCACAACCAACAUAUCACCGUGGCAGGAUAUACCUCAGCCCCCACAACCAACAUAUCAUCGUGGCAGGAUAUACCUCAGGCCCCACAACCAACAUAUCAUCGUGGCAGGAUAUACCUCAGCCCCACAACCAACAUAUCAUCGUGGCAGGAUAUACCUCAGCCCCCACAACCAACAUAUCAUCGUGGCAGGAUAUACCUCAGCCCCACAACCAACAUAUCAUCGUGGCAGGAUAUACCUCAGCCCCCACAACCAACAUAUCACCGUGGCAGGAUAUACCUCAGCCCCCACAACCAACAUAUCAUCGUGGCAGGAUAUACCUCAGCCCCCACAACCAACAUAUCAUCGUGGCAGGAUAUACCUCAGCCCCCACAACAAACAUAUCAUCGUGGCAGGAUAUACCUCAGCCCCCACAACCAACAUAUCACCGUGGCAGGAUAUACCUCAGCCCCCACAACCAACAUAUCAUCGUGGCAGGAUAUACCUCAGCCCCCACAACCAACAUAUCAUCGUGGCAGGAUAUACCUCAGCCCCCACAACCAACAUAUCACCGUGGCUGGAUAUACCUCAGCCCCCACAACCAAGAUAUCAUCGUGGCAGGAUAUACCUCAGCCCCCACAACCAACAUAUCAUCGUGGCAGGAUAUACCUCAACCCCCACAACCAACAUAUCAUCGUGGCAGGAUAUACCUCAGCCCCCACAACCAACAUAUCAUCGUGGCAGGAUAUACCUCAGCCCCCACAACCAACAUAUCACCGUGGCAGGAUAUACCUCAGCCCCCACAACCAACAUAUCAUCGUGGCAGGAUAUACCUCAGCCCCCACAACCAACAUAUCACCGUGGCAGGAUAUACCUCAGGCCCCACAACCAACAUAUCACCGUGGCAGGAUAUACCUCAGCCCCCACAACCAACAUAUCAUCGUGGCAGGAUAUACCUCAGGCCCCACAACCAACAUAUCAUCGUGGCAGGAUAUACCUCAGGCCCCACAACCAACAUAUCACCGUGGCAGGAUAUACCUCAGCCCCCACAACCAACAUAUCAUCGUGGCAGGAUAUACCUCAGCCCCCACAACCAACAUAUCACCGUGGCAGGAUAUACCUCAGCCCCCACAACCAACAUAUCAUCGUGGCAGGAUAUACCUCAGCCCCCACAACCAACAUAUCAACGUGGCAGGAUAUACCUCAGCCCCCACAACCAACAUAUCACCGUGGCAGGAUAUACCUCAGCCCCCACAACCAACAUAUCAUCGUGGCAGGAUAUACCUCAGCCCCCACAACCAACAUAUCAUCGUGGCAGGAUAUACCUCAGCCCCCACAACCAACAUAUCACCGUGGCAGGAUAUACCUCAGCCCCCACAACCAACAUAUCAUCGUGGCAGGAUAUACCUCAGGCCCCACAACCAACAUAUCAUCGUGGCAGGAUAUACCUCAGCCCCACAACCAACAUAUCAUCGUGGCAGGAUAUACCUCAGCCCCCACAACCAACAUAUCAUCGUGGCAGGAUAUACCUCAGCCCCACAACCAACAUAUCAUCGUGGCAGGAUAUACCUCAGCCCCCACAACCAACAUAUCACCGUGGCAGGAUAUACCUCAGCCCCCACAACCAACAUAUCAUCGUGGCAGGAUAUACCUCAGCCGCCACAACCAACAUAUCAUCGUGGCAGGAUAUACCUCAGCCCCCACAACAAACAUAUCAUCGUGGCAGGAUAUACCUCAGCCCCCACAACCAACAUAUCACCGUGGCAGGAUAUACCUCAGCCCCCACAACCAACAUAUCAUCGUGGCAGGAUAUACCUCAGCCCCCACAACCAACAUAUCAUCGUGGCAGGAUAUACCUCAGCCCCCACAACCAACAUAUCACCGUGGCAGGAUAUACCUCAGCCCCCACAACCAACAUAUCAUCGUGGCAGGAUAUACCUCAGCCCCCACAACCAACAUAUCAUCGUGGCAGGAUAUACCUCAGCCCCCACAACCAACAUAUCACGGUGUUGAGCCCGGGAACACCUGUUUCUUCUCGACCAAAACAAAAACAAAUUUUCGAUGAUGGCAGAACAAUUUUACGCACCUGUUGA